GGGGGGAUGUGCCUCUGUGUGCUGUGCUGACGCUGCUGCCGCUGCUGCAUGUUAAAUUAGCUGGCUGCAGCCGUUCAGGGACACCUCUUGCGGACCGCCGGAGCCCACAGUGCAGUGGAGUUUCAUCAUCAUGCUGCUGCUGCUGCUGCAGAUCCUUGCACAGACUUGCUGUUACUUUGGCGUGUCCCCGGCCUCCCACUGGGCCAAAGAACAAAUGGUUAAAAACCAGAUCAGACUGGGUUACAGUGACCCCCACACACUGGGAGGAACAAGCAUGCUGCAGGCACAUCCACAGAGCUGAUGUUUUUGAUAGUGCUCUGUCUAUUCAUCGCAGGCCAGUCUUAUCUGGUUCCAGAUUGUGGAAUCAUAAAUGCAUAAAGUUUUUAAUGAAAUGCUCAGUAGUGGUGGAGAUAGUACAACCCAAAUGUUGCAUAACCUAUUGUACUAAACUCACAACAGUAGUCUAUUGAUGAAAAUAAAAUUGUUCACAACCUCCAUGCAGAGGGGUUUUGUCACUUUCCAAGAGCUGCUUUGCAGCCACAGUUUGGGGGGUUGGUGUGUGUGUGUGUGUGUGCCCAUAAUAGGGCUUUGCAAUUUAGCGCUUCACAACCCUUGUGUCAGGUCAGCCAUCACCAUAGCAACAUUAUGCUGAAUUAGCAGCAUGGCAAUCCAGAAAGAAGCUUUUUUUUUUUUCACCAGUCCUCCACCACUGACUUGUGUCUGCAAAAGAAAAACAAGGGCUGAAGGGAUGUAACCUCCUGGGAUAAACAUGGCAGCAGAGCUAUCCACUUCCAUAAACAUCAAGGAGCCCCGGUGGGACCAGAGCACAUUCGUAGGUCGGGCUAAACAUUUCUUCACUGUCACAGACCCCAGGAACAUCCUCCUCACCAACGAACAACUAGCACACGCACAUAAAAUCAUCACUGACUACAGGCAAGGUAUAGUCUCUCCAGGUCUGACUGAGGAUGAGCUGUGGAGAGCCAAAUAUGUCUUUGACUCGGCUUUCCAUCCCGAUACCGGGGAGAAGAUGAUCCUGAUCGGCCGCAUGUCAGCGCAGGUUCCAAUGAACAUGACGAUCACUGGAUGCAUGAUGACAUUUUACAAGACGACUCCAGCCGUGUUGUUCUGGCAGUGGAUCAACCAGUCUUUCAACGCAAUAGUCAAUUAUACCAACAGGAGCGGCGAUGCUCCAAUCACAGUCAGUCAGCUUGGCACAGCUUAUGUGUCUGCCACCACAGGGGCAGUUGCCACCGCUCUAGGACUAAAUGCACUAACAAAGCAUGUUUCACCUCUGAUUGGACGGUUUGUUCCAUUUGCUGCUGUAGCUGCUGCUAACUGUAUCAAUAUCCCGCUGAUGAGACAAAGAGAACUUCAACAUGGGAUUCCCAUAACAGAUGAGAACGACAACAGGUUAGGAGAGUCGACGAAAGCGGCACAGCAGGCUAUCUCUCAGGUUGUGGUCUCCAGAAUCCUCAUGGCUUCUCCAGGAAUGGCUAUCCCUCCAUUUUUAAUGAACCAUCUGGAGAAGAAGGCCUUUCUGAAGAAGUUCCCAUGGAUGAGUGCACCUAUUCAAGUCAGUCUGGUGGGAUUCUGCCUGGUGUUUGCCACUCCUCUGUGCUGUGCGUUGUUCCCUCAGAAGAGCUCUAUGUCAGUCAGCCGCUUGGAGCCCGAGCUCCAGGAGAAAAUCCGGGCCAGCCACCCGGGAGUGGAGAGGGUCUACUUCAACAAGGGGCUAUGAGUGUGCAGCCCACCCCCCCCCACACACACACACACCCCUGACUCCCCAACCCACAACCCUCACCCACCCUCCUCAUCCAAACACUGCCAUAAACACAGCUGCAGGCUCGGUCCUCGCCUCUCUGCCAGCCCUCCUCAUUCAGCGUGCCAAAGUUAAGUUCGUGUCUCCUCAUUUUCCACUCGUUCAGAUGGAUAUCCGAGGACUCCCUCUCUCAGUCAGUCUCUUUGUGACAAGGUUGUUUGCUUUUUGUCGAUGUGAUUUUAUUGUAACUGCUAGAGAAGAUCUUCUCCGACUGGGCCAGAUGAAAAGUAUGAUGUGUACCACAACAGGUAUAGCGGCCCAUGUAAGAUUGUUUUAAGUGGACUUUUUUUUCCUGUGCAGUAUUUUUUUUUUUUUAAGUUGGUCACUUGUUGAUCAUCUGUUGCCACCAAAUAAUUUUCAUUCUCUCCUACCUGAGGUUGUCAGGCAGUUUAUUUCUUGAUCAUAAUCAGACCUUAACAUUUAAUAGUCCUGAGAGACCUCUGCAGUUCAUGCAUUUGCCAAAUCUGUACUUAACGUUGUUUUGUUUUUUUACCUCUAUCAACGACUGCAACCUCCGUCUCUUGACAGUGUUAUUUCAAAGAACGAGGCUCACUUUAACUCACUCCUAAUUCAGCUCAUUUUGCCAAACAAGUGACAUUUAACAAGUCUUGAGGCCUCUUCGACAUCAAAUCAUGAAUCUGAUAACAGUUCUCCAGGGAUCCAACCUAUAAAAUGUGAUGCUAUGACGGUGGCGACCACUGAUGGGGCCAACACGGUGCUAUUUGAUGUCUUAAUAAUCAGUGCUAUUUAUUCUACUCAUCGAAAAAACACUCAUGAACAAACCACUCCUCGCACAUGGAGCAUCGUGGGAUUUCACCACAUGUUCUCUGCAAGCUAAUUUCUCUGUAAAUUCAGUCACACCGAGAGGCUACGUUCAGGAGAGCUGAGCGGUGGUGGCGCAAAGUGUUAUUAACGACCAUUUCAACAAAACACACUGGCUCUCAUUUCCAUAAUCCCUAAUCUCUAGUUGUUAAUCAGGAUUUUCUGAUCACAGCAUUUGAUCCCACUGAAAUUCAACAACUCAUUCAUGCCUUACACAGACUCACAUGGUAUCUGACUUCUGUACCUUAAUGCAGCAUCCUAAGAGGUUUGAGUAUUAUUUUUCAAGACAAGAAUGGCUCACAGAAGGAUCCAUAUGAUCUAAUUUUUGUCUUAAAAAGCUCUGUGGACUGUAACAGUGCAACUGUUGUCACAUUUCAAUCCAGUGGAACAUCAUGCAGAAUUGCUUUGGUCUCAUUCUGGUGAGUUUGAGGAACGUUGAAACUCCCAGCUAAAACCUUGGAUCAGCAACAACCUCCUGCUUUUUGUUUACAUUACAUUUUGCUUUGAAAGUGAGAAAUAUGUCUAUAACUCCACACACAGUUAUGUCAGCACACAGUAUUGCAGAGCUCUGGUCCGGUGAGCUGGUGCAGUCUGAAGUUGUAACUUUUGUUCUGUCAGUAUUCAGACAAUAAUGUACCAGAUUGCAUUCAUCCAGAAGGCUGCCAUCCUUUUCAGCUGGUGUAUAAAGCUGACAGCCUAACAGCUACUGUAUUUCACUGCACAAAAGUUCAACUGUAGGCCAGUUUCCAUAUCAGACAGACUGUAUGAUGACAUGCCAGAUUUAUCAUCAGACAUUUUAAAAAUCAGGGAUGAGAGUGAAAAAGAUGGACUGAAGCCACAAAACCCACAAUAAGUAUUUCAAUCUUUGACCAACCUAUCCUCAUUUUGAGACUUUAAAUGAUUUUAAAUGUAUCUUUAGGGACCCAGUGUACGUUGGAAUCAUGUGGUCCAAUUAAUGCAAAUGUUUACAUUUUAAAUUUGAAGACGUCAUCUUGCAUCUUUUGCUCAUCACAGUGUGUGAUUUCCGUAAGGUGUUUAAUGUUUAAUAUACUGUAAAUCUACUAAUAUAUAUUGCUGUAAAAGUAACUUUAUUUUAGAUCGUCGGUGUUUCCAGAGAGAUUUGUUGGAGUCGGAGCUGUUCCCUCUGCCGGUUUCAAGUGAAGUUUGUUAUUCUAGUGUUCAAGGUGACUGAAUGUAGCAUUUUUCCAAUUACAGCUGUUUUACGGUGCGUUAGUCCAGAAAAGCACAAUGUUGUAACAGAUUUUAAAUGCUGCACAUUUUUAAAACUUGUUAAACCUGUUCUGUUUCCUGACCACAAUGAUUUUCAGUAAACCGUUGAUAACUGAUGGGAGUAAAAGAAAUUGAGAAAUACUAAACUUUCCCUUUGGUAGAUAUUAUUUCUGAGCAUCCCUUAACCUCUGACUGUGUCUAAUGAACUAAUGUGUUAAAAAAAGAUUAAAUGUUCACAAGUUUCAAACUACCAAAUCAAAUGAAACGUCAUUACAGCCAAAGCGAUACAAAUCAACUUGAGGAGAAAAAAAAAAAGUAAUUUACAGUUUGCAUUGACUGAUUUUUAAAAAAGAUGACAAAAAAUGGUAUUUGAUUGUUUUGCAGUACACUGGGGUGAUGUAAUGUUUAGACUAACUGGAUGAAAUAAAGUUGAUGAAAUCUUG